AGUGUGUUUCCGUUACCGGCGUCUUUCCUUUUUGGGGGUACGUGUUUGAGUUGCAUUGUGGGUGUAGGUAGUAGUUUCCCAGAUUCGCUGCAACACUAAGAGGUUAUAUUGUACAUUCCUCCGUGAAGCGCACGCCGAGAGGACCCAUUUUCAUAAAUUCUGCCGCCUUUUUGAAAUACAGCCGAAUCAUGACUGAUGCAGAAGUUAAUCCCAAGGCCUACCCACUAGCGGAUGCUACGCUGACCAAAACCAUAUUGGACCUGGUGCAGCAAGCGUCCAACUACAAGCAGCUGAGGAAGGGGGCAAAUGAAGCCACUAAGACACUCAACAGAGGAAUUGCAGAGUUCAUUGUGAUGGCUGCUGAUGCUGAGCCCCUGGAGAUCAUCCUGCACCUCCCACUGCUCUGUGAAGAUAAGAACGUGCCCUACGUGUUCGUGCGCUCCAAGCAGGCUCUUGGGCGUGCAUGUGGGGUGUCCCGGCCCGUCAUCGCUACGUCGGUGACCAUUAAGGAGGGAUCUCAGCUGAAGCCGCAGAUUCAGUCUGUUCAGCUGGCUAUUGAACGACUGCUGGUCUAAUUGUGUAUAUAUAAUCUGCAGGCAUAAGUGAUUUGUUUAGUUACCUGGGCAAAUAGUGAAAAGACUCAAUUUUGUUUUAAAGGUGAAGAGAACCUUGAAGUGUUAGAUGCUUUUAUUUGAAUUCAUCCUUUUUCUUUUCCAUUUUCUUUGUUCCAGUUGCCUAUACAGAAUGACGGAACAGGCCGAUGCCUAUUCCACUGUACAAAUAUGUAUUUCUUUGCAUUUUGCGUUCGCUUUCUUUAAAAUUAAAAACAGAAAUUGCAUUUGUUAUUCUUAAUGGUUUCUCCAUGCACUCCGGAAUAAAAGGGGAUCAAUUAUUCCACAGCAAAUGCUGUGGUAAAUACAUUUUAAAAGGAUGAGUCGACAAAGGAACACAGAGGAAGGCAUUAUAGUGUAAACUGAUCCCCAAUUCAAAGUAACUCUGAAAAAUGUGUUAUCAUGGAUGACAAGAAUGGUAAUCAUGUGGCUUUGUUUGUAAGUGAUAGUGCAUUGUUUAGGUAGUUUGGAUAGGAUGUAUAUGUUUAUUACUUUGUUUCUCAUGUAUGCUUUCUUACAUGCAGUAAAUGAAAUAUACUGGCCAUGGAGGGCCCCUUUAGUGAGAAUCUAAUGCAUGUUUUAGUCUUUGAUUUGGUAUUAAAUAAUUGUAUAGACAAACAGCUGUAUUGCAUAUUAACCUUGUAAUGCUGAUUUCUGUAUCUUGCCUACCUCCCAUUCUAUAUUAAUAUAUUUUUUUCAGCCACACAAGCUAUAAUUUUUCUGUACAUUGGUUGUUGCCAGACAGGGAACAAAAUACAAAAGUGUUUUGUACAAGAAGGUUAAAUGAAAACCAUGGCAUUAUCUUGCAAGGUAUUCACGUCAAGAAGCAAUGGCUUCUUAAUACAUUUAUUAAACUAUUCAACACGGUUUACGCGGAAAUACUGCACUCCCAAAGCCUGACUGCCACACACAGAUGUGCAGUAUGUAUGACAGUCCACAAGCAACUUAAAAACUUUACCAACAUAAGUCAGGGAUGUAGUGUCAAAAAAUAAAAAAAUUACCAGAAGUGUUUUAUGCACACCUGUGUUUGUGAAAGUCUGUGUUCACAGUACUGUACAUACAAUUAAUUCUGGGUUGCAUAUCGAUGUACAGCAAUAAAACAAAUUGGAUUGAU